AUGCUGGGUCUUCAAGAAGAUAAAUUAUGUGGAAUUAUUUCUGCUCUGGCAGCUUUGUCCUUUGUCUGCUUCGCACAAAGCCCCAAUGAAAAGACCGGAAUAUCUGUGGCAAAGAGGACAGUGGACAAAUUGCUGAAGGGUUAUGACAUCCGCCUAAGACCAGAUUUUGGAGGUCCUCCGGUUGUUGUAGGAAUGAGCAUCAAUAUUGCCAGUAUUGACUCUAUCUCAGAAGUCAACAUGGAUUACACCAUCACAAUGUAUUUUCAACAAAGUUGGCGAGAUAAGCGACUUGCCUAUACAGAGAUGGAACUUAACUUGACUUUGGAUAACCGUGUGGCAGACCAACUUUGGCUCCCUGACACCUAUUUCCUCAAUGACAAGAAGUCUUUUCUCCAUGGGGUGACCGUAAAGAAUCGUAUGAUACGUCUCCAUCCAGAUGGUACCGUUUUGUAUGGCCUAAGAAUAACAACCACUGCUGCAUGUAUGAUGGAUUUAAGGAGAUACCCUCUUGAUGAACAGAACUGCACCUUGGAGAUUGAAAGCUACGGAUACACUACCGAUGAUAUCGUGUUCUUCUGGCAAGGAGAUAACGCUGUAACAGGGGUGGAUAAGUUGGAGCUCCCGCAGUUCUCCAUCAUGGAAUUACGGCUGGUUUCCCGAGAGGUGAAGUUCACCACGGGUUCUUAUCCCAGGCUCUCCCUGAGUUUCAGGAUCAAGAGGAACAUUGGCUACUUCAUCCUGCAGACAUACAUGCCCUCCAUCCUGAUUACCAUCCUUUCGUGGGUCUCCUUCUGGAUCAAUUAUGAUGCGUCCGCUGCUCGUGUGGCCCUAGGUGUUACUACGGUGCUCACCAUGACAACCAUCAACACCCACCUGCGGGAGACACUUCCAAAGAUCCCAUAUGUGAAAGCCAUCGACGUCUACCUCAUGGGCUGCUUUGUCUUUGUAUUCCUGGCACUUCUUGAGUACGCUUUUGUGAACUACGUCUUCUUUGGCCGAGGUCCUCAGACACAGAAGAAGAUCCAUGAACGGAUCAAUAAAGCCAACAACGAGCGUCCACGCUACGAGGACAAGCGCAUGAGAGACCAGGUACAUAAGCAGCAAUGUCUUUCAAUCUCUGUUGAAAAUGUCUGGACUGGAGAGCAUCAUGUGCAAGGAGUUGACGCAUAUGGAAAUAUUCUUCUCACCACUCUUGAUAUGAACAACGAGGUGAUGCCAUCAGAUGUAGGGAGUAGCAUAGGCGACUCCCGCAACUCUGUCCUGUCCUUCGAGAGUACUGGUGGUGUGCAGUUUCGCAAGCCCAUGGCUUCCAGGGAUGGAUACAGUCACCAUUCAUUGGAUCGUACAGCCAUGCGGAGCCGAGCUAAUUGUCGACUACGCAGGCGCUCAUCGAAGCUGAAGCUCAAAAUCCCAAACCUGGCGGAUGUCAGCACGAUUGAUAAGUGGUCCCGGGUAAUAUUUCCCAUCACCUUUGGAUUCUUCAACCUAAUCUAUUGGUUGUACUAUGUGAAUUGA